CUUUGAUAGAAUAUAAUACACAGGAUACAUACCCAAACCAAAAUGCCCCUCAUUGUCUCUCGCGCAAAUCUAACCCAAGACUGGGACGAACUAAUAACCACCUACUGGACUGCGUGGAGCUCUCCUCUCCAAGCUGUCGGCGAACUCACCUUCGCCCAUCUGGGGGAAGGCAACGACGCAGAAAAGACAGCCCUUGCCGACGUGAAAAAAUCCUUACGUCAAGCGGCGGAAUCCGACCAGAACAUCAUCUGGUUGAAAUGCCACGAUACUGAAUCCGGGCGGAUUGUCGCCGGAGGAAUGUAUCACAUUCAUCAUAGUAAUCCGUACCGAGCGGGGGCACCGAGGGUUGAGGCGAAGUGGUUUCCAGAGGGAAGUGAGAUGAGGUUGUUGGCUGAGGAGUUCUAUACACAGUUGUGGGCAUGGAGAGGCAGGAUGAUGGGGGAUAGGCAUGUUUGUGGGAAUGCGCUCUGGGCACUGCCCGAGUAUCGCUCGCAGGGCGCGACAGAGCUUAUUAUGGACGAGUUUGUCCGCCACAAGGAUGCGCUGGGCAUGGAGGGUUAUCUUGAGGCCACAGACAUGGGGUUCGAACUGUAUCAACGGUAUGGGUUUGUGGCUGUCGCGCGACCGCACAUGAGUUUCUCCGAGGUGAAGGGGCGGAGCGCGCAAGGGAGGAGAUUAAUCCACGACAUCCAGGCGCAUCCGGUCUGGAUUAUGUGGAGGCCAGCAGGGGGCGAAUACAGGGAUGGGGAGACGGUGCUCCCAUGGGAAGGAAAGCCAAGACACACCAAGUUGUGA